UCUUCGGAGCACCAAGCGUGCAAGGAGAAGUCACAGGAACACGGCUUUUUGGCAAACCUCAGUUUGAAUGGGUCAUUCCAGAUUGGUUGCAGCAUUCCAGGAUUGUUUGUAGCAUUCCAGGGUUGAUCAUAGUGUAACAAGUUUGGUUGUAGUAUUCUAGGACUGCUUGUAGCGUUCCAGGAUUGGUUGUAGUGCUCCAAGAUCAGUUGUAGUGUUUUAGGAUUGCUUGCAGCAUUUUAGGAUCGGUUGUGGCAUUCCAAGACUGGCCACUGUUACAGGAUUGGUCUUUUAUCUGAGAUCAGAAUCUUCAGCUUGUGGCAGAUGUUCCAGGACUGAUCGUAGUGUUGUAGGAUUGGUCAUAAUCUUCCGGAAUAGGUCAUAGUCUUCAACAUUGGCCGAUUGUUCCAAGAUUGACCAUAGGAUUCAAGGAUUGGUCAUAAUAUUCCAGAAUAGGUCACAGUUUUUAACAUUGGCAGAACAAUCCAGGAUUGACCAUAGAGUUCAAGAUUGAUUCUAGUGUUCCUGGACUGGUUAUAGAAUUCUAGGAUAGGGCAUAAUCUGUAGCAUUGGUCAGAUGUUCUGGGAUUGGCCAUAGUGUUCCAGUAUUGGUCAAAAUAUCACAGAAUAAGUUGUAAUCCUCAGGAUUGAUCAUAGUAUCCCAGAAUUGAGUAGAGCAUCUUGCUCCUUUGACUAAGCGGCAGGUCAGGUCAAAGAGAAGUUUUAGAGAAGUUUCGUCAACCUCUGAGAUAUUUGUUCUUCCACAAUGACCUCACUGACCAAAUCUUCUUCCACUUGCUCCUCCUCAUCCUCCUUCCGAUCUUCUUCACGGUACAGCUGCAGCAGCAUUAGUUCAAUUCGGACAGAGGGCUCUUCUGGGACAGAUCCUUUCUUUCAGCCCUUCCUUAAUUGUGGAUCUCAAACUCUGUUUGGGGAAGACCCAGUGGCCUUACCAGCCUUCAGCAACCAUCCAAGGGGGUCUUAUCUUCCUAACCAGAGUGACCCAGAAGGUUCCUUCCAAAGUUACUGCAGUGACCUAAGUGCUUUUGGGGGUUACAACAAGGACCAGGAAUCGAUCGGAAGCUACGGAAGUGAGAAAGAAUCUUUUGGAGGUUACCAGGGAGAUAUGAAGUCCUGUGCUGGGGGUUACCAAGGUGACUGGAGUCAUGGAGAUGGCGUACAGGCCAGUUCCGGGCGUCCUGCCAGCGUGGGAGUGGUUCAGGCAGUGGGCGACCUUUACUAUCUCUCUGUGAACGUCAGCCAGUUUGAGCCGCAUGAUGUGGUGGUGAUGGCCUACAACCACAGUGUAGUUGUACAUGCUGAGAAGGUCGGAGACGAUGGAACUAUCAGGGACAAAUUCACCCAUAAGUCAUUGCUGCCGGAGGACAUGGACCCCUUGUCGGUGAGCGGUACUCUGACACCGGAGGGAACGCUCGUGAUCAGCGUGAGGCGCAGCUCCAGGCCUCCUACCUCUGUGACCUCUGCCUUCCACUCCGAAAGCCACCUUUGACCUGCGAUGGCCAGCACAAAGCCAAGAACACCUACGAACACAACGGAGAAGAAAGUUCAAGUGAAAUAGCACAAAUCUUGACUCUGAUAUUCAAGAUGUUGUGUUAGCAAACUCAGUAUUAAAUGGCAAAUAAAUUUUUAAUAUAUAGUUAUAUAGCAGAAAUAUAUAGUUAAGAUGUCAACAAGGUCAGAAACACAGUGGUGGUGAUAGGAACCAGACGUCCGAAGAGUUUAGUGCUGCUAAAGGGCAGAUAUUUAUGUCAUAACAUCGUGACAAAUAAGUCACCAAGACGUUUUACGGAAAGCUUUUGGAAUUAAAUAUAUUUCUAAAAUACACUCACGCUGAAGAGAAAACUAAUUUUUUCAGGUUUUCCACUAUUUUGCCAGCAGGAACGUUACAUAUGAAAAAUCGGACUCGUGUAGGUUCACUGCUGAUUCUGGAUCCAUCCAUCCAUUUUCUAAGCCGCUUCUCCCUAAGGGUCACGGGA